ACAUUGUGAUAAGGGACAUGGUGUUCUCGGGUAGGUACAUUGUGAUAGGGGACAUGGUGUUCUCGGGUAGGUACAUUGUGAUAGGGGACAUGGUGUUCUCGGGUAGGUACAUUGUGAUAGGGGACAUGGUGUUCUCGGGUAGGUACAUUGUGAUAGGGGACAUGGUGUUCUCGGGUAGGUACAUUGUGAUAGGGGACAUGGUGUUCUCGGGUAGGUACAUUGUGAUAGGGGACAUGGUGUUCUCGGGUAGGUACAUUGUGAUAGGGGACAUGGUGUUCUCGGGUAGGUACAUUGUGAUAGGGGACAUGGUGUUCUCGGGUAGGUACAUUGUGAUAGGGGACAUGGUGUUCUCGGGUAGGUACAUUGUGAUAGGGGACAUGGUGUUCUCGGGUAGGUACAUUGUGAUAGGGGACAUGGUGUUCUCGGGCUUUUGGACCUUCCUGUGGUUUGUCGGAUUCUGUUACCUGACCGACAUGUGGCGCAAGACGACCUCUGAUUGGUUGAACACCAUGGGUUUCCAUGACUACAGCACAGCCCAGGCCGCCAUCGCGUUCAGCUUCUUCUCCAUCAUCUCCUGGUCCGGGCUGACGUUCCUGGCCAUCAGGCGCUACCAGCAGGGUUGGGACCAGGCCUUCGCCCCCAGCUACGAGCCCGACCCCCAGAUCCCCGGCGCUUCUCCAUACCCAGCGUACCCCGAGCCGGGCCAGGACCCUGGCUACCAGCAGCAGCCCUUCCAGGACCCGGGAAACCAGCCCCAGCCCGACUACCAGGCUCCCGCCUACUAACCACCCAACCUCACUCCACACUGCAGCCACCUAAUCUCCAGGCACAUCCUACCGUAGCAUAAGAUAGUAUCGAAAGCUGGCAGAGGGGAGGAGCCGGCCUAGGAGUGUGUUUCGCUCCAAGCAGAUCCUACGGUAGCAUAAGAUAG